CAAAACAUUGGCACAUAAUUUGUAACAAUGAGUGAUCGAGCAACAUUAGCCAAAGCUAGAAGAGAGCUUGAAGAGUUGUAUCUUGGCGUCCCUGAUGAUUCUGUAAACUUGACGUUUCAAGAUUUCGCGCAAGUUUCACAGAAUCAUAUACCCCCUCCCCCAGGGAAAAAAAAGAAACCGGCCCCACCAGCUGGGCCGGUCAAGAAAAUGGAUUCCAUAUCAGAAUCCACUCCUAAACGCGACCCCUUGUCAUCACCUUACCUAGCCAAGAUUCCAAGCCUCGAUUUCAGUAGAGGCUUGGAAGCAACACACCACCACCAACACCAAAAGCACCAUGUCGUGGCUGAUCCGCCGGUGGUCGGUUUGCCGCCGGGGAGAAAUCACCACCAAGUGGAGGAGGUAGGGAAGCAUGGAUAUAAUAACCAUGGUGGUCAUGGUUAUUAUGGUAAUGGAUCACAUGGUCAUGGGCAUAAUGCUAUGAAGAGUCCUAUGCAUGGGCAUAAUGCCAUGAAGAGUCCUAUGCAUGGGCAUCAUGGGAUGAAGAGUAGUCAUGGGCAUGGGCAUCAUGGACAUGUGGGGGAAAAUAGCAUAGCGUAUGAUGACAUGAGUGUGAUGAGUGGCAUGAGCAUCACAUCCAUGUACCAAGAGAAGGCAGGACGACGUCGUCCUGGGAUCCCUCACUCCAAUAUUUGCGCCGUGUGUAGUGUUUAUAUCUAUGUGUUUCGCAACCGUUGCCUUGUUUGCGGAAGAGUGUAUUGUAGACAAUGUUUGAACGUCGGCAUGGGAGAGAUGUCCGAAGGAAGAAAGUGUAUUGAUUGUCUCGGAAGAAAAUUUAGCCAACGGUACAUACAUCGGGCAGGAGAUGUAGGAUGCUGGUCAACGUGUUUUAGUGGGUAUCCAAAUGGAGUCAAAGUACAAGAGCUUAAAUGGGCCGAAAAAGGGCCCAGAAGAUCUGGAGAAAACAUGUAUAGCCGAAGUGUUAUGAUGUCUAAAUCAAGAAGCCCAUUAGGGGCCCCAAGAACCCCAAAUCGGUCCCAUAUUGUUGCUAGUGGCCCACCUUCUUUUGUCACUACCCCUGAGUAUUCACCUUAUGCUACCCCCACUCGUCAUCACCUUCCUUUUUAAAAUAUCUAUAUAUCAUAUAUUUGUGCUAUUUUUUGUUUUUAUUUUUAGAUAAGAAGCUAAGAAGCAAGCAAAGUUUAGUUUUGCUAAAUAUGUUAAAAAUUAUAUUUGAUUUAUUUCUUUAUUUGUUUUAUGCAUUACUUAUCAAGAUAUUGUUACAUAUGUUUUGAUUUA